AUGGCUCAAAAGUGGUAUUUCAACAAAGAAGAGUUGAAGAACUCUCCUAGUUCCAAGGAUGGCAUCAGCGCGGAGAAGGAGCUAGAUCACAAACAACAAGCCGCUUACCUUAUAACUGAUUUGGGCAAGCGGCUAAAGUUGUCAGAAGUCUGUGUGUACACUGCCAUUGUGUACAUGCACAGAUUCUUUAUUCACCAUUCAUUAGCCAAAAUUCACCGGUAUGAAAUUGCCACGGCAGCGAUUUUUCUGGCGGCAAAGGUGGAAGAAGAGCCACAAAAAUCGCAGGCGGUCAUCAGCGCUCUUCAUGUCUGCCUCAACAAAUACGAAGUUCACCAACUGGACACUACUUUUGCCGAGAACCAGGAAAAGGUCAAGGCACUAACUUCAAAUGAGCAACUUCUUCUGGCAACACUUGGAUUCUAG